ACUUCCGCUUCGGGGGAGCGCGCGGCCGAGGUUGCACAGGGAGCCCGCCAGCGCGCGCUGCGCACGAGUCUCCCCUCGAAAGUCUAUGGGCGGGGGAAUUUUCGAAGCGCCGGAAACUUGGUCGAAAGUUACGAGAAGCCCCCGCAGCCCGCCCGUUGCCAGCAGCCCGGCAGCGGCGCUUUUACGGAUCCGACGUCGCGCGGAGUGAGGGAGGGGGCCAUGUCCGGCGCCUCCAACGUCGCCGCUAUGAAGAAGGUGGUGCAGCAGCUGCGGCUCGAGGCCAGCGUGAGCCGCGUGAAGGUUUCACAAGCUGCAGCUGACCUGAAGCAGUUUUGCCUUCAAAAUGCACAUCAUGAUCCUUUAUUAACAGGAGUUUCAUCAAGUACAAAUCCAUUCAGACCACAGAAAGUCUGUUCUUUUCUCUGAUUUGAUCUAACAACUUUUCAUAGCUGGUUAUGUUGAAUAUGGAAAUGAAGCAAGGUGGCUUGGAACCUGUACAGAAACUUUGUAUUAAUGUGCCAACUUUGAGCUUGUAAGAUUGCUAUUGUUUCAAAACCCCUUAAAAUCUACCUCUCUAAACAAGCUGUAUGCUAGUUGCUAUAACUCUGUAUCAUGAGGGAAUCACUUUUAUAUUCAAACAAUAAAGAGUUGACUUACAAUGA